AUGCCUCCGCAAGUUCGGGGGUUUGCUGCCGGCCCUGGAGUCGGCGCGCCGUUUCACCAACCGAGAUUCCCGUCGCAUGGCCAACCACAAGGCGGGCCGAUGGCUGGCAAUCAAUACCUGAAUGCAAACGGCCAGAUGAAUCCCUUUGGGGGAGCAAAUGGCAACUUUAACAUGCCCGGCCUCAACGGCGCUGGAGGCUUUGGCGACUCCAGUUUUGGCGGCCAGGCCUCCAGAAUGGGAUUUACACACGGCCCGGCCGGCCUUCAACCACCCCAGCACACCGGGCAGCUACAUCACAAUGUCCUGAUGGAUCACCCGACGAUGAGACCUCAACAGAACAGAGGGCGUAUACGAGAGGUGUGGAAGCAUAAUUUACAUGAAGAGAUGGCGGUCUUGCGAGACCUUGUGGACAAAUAUCCUUAUAUUGCUAUGGAUACCGAAUUCCCGGGCGUUGUAUCGAGACCAAUGGGGGGGUUCCGUGGUAAGAGCGACUACCACUACCAAUGUCUCCGCACCAACGUGGAUAUGCUCAAGGUUAUCCAAAUCGGCCUGACAUUAUUCAACGAAGAGGGCGAGACACCACCCGCCCGACCAGGGCCAGAACUCGGUCUCGGCCCGGCCGCGCAAAGAAGCGCGAACCAGGGUCCCUUUCCCUAUGCCUGGCAGUUCAACUUCAAGUUCUCCCUCAAGGAGGAUAUGUAUAACGAAAAGUCAAUUGAGUCUCUCCAGCAGGCUGGCAUCGACUUUAACGCAAUGGAGCGUGACGGAAUCGACCCUCACGAGUUUGCUGCGUUGCUGAUCCCGUCCGGCCUGGUCUGCUUCGAGGACGUCAAGUGGAUAUCCUUCCACGGCGGAUACGAUUUUGGCUACCUGACCAAGCUGCUGAUCUGCACGCCGCUGCCCAAUGACGAGCACGACUUUGACCACAAGAUGAAGCUGUACUUUCCUUCGACGUACGACGUCAAGCACCUGAUGAAAUACGCCAUCCGCCUGCACAACACGGGGAUACUGUCCCCAGUCGAUCCUGGUAGCGCCGAGAUUCUGCAAAAGUUUGAGCACAAGUCGGGCCUGGAGAACAUCGCGGAGACUCUCAAGAUCAAGCGCAUCGGCACCGCGCACCAGGCCGGCUCCGACUCGCUGCUGACGGGCAAGGUCUUCUUCCAGAUGCGCGACCGCAUCUUCAACGGCGAAAUUCCCGGCGAGCACGUCGGCAAAGUUUGGGGUCUGGGCAUUCCGGACGGCAUGAUGAUCGCGCCCUUGAUGAACCGCGGCGUCGGCGGUGGUGACGACGGGGGCCACAACGGCACCCCGCGCACGCCCAACACGCACACGGCCCAGCUGGCGACGUCCGGCACACCCCUCAGCAACCAAGGUCCCGGCGGCACCAACGGUGCCGGUGGCCACAUGGGUCCCAUGACACCAGGCGGCGGUGGUGGCAUUUUUGGGAGCUUUGCGUUUGCGGGCGCCGGCAGAUAG